GUAUUUUGCAUCCUCAGUUUUUUUUUUUUCAUUUCAAUUUUCUUGAUUUUACUUUCCCGCUCUUUCCCUCUAUUUCUUUUCAUUUUAUUCUGUCUCUCUGUCUUUCGUUUUUCGUCUGUUAUUUAUUUUCAUCCCUCAAAAAUUUCCCCUCAAUUCUUGUUUUCCCACUAUCUCGCUUUAAUUUCUCCUUCACUUUAUCAACGUGUAUUUCAUUUUUCCCUUCAUUUCUUUAACCUUCUUCAUUUCAUAUAAUUUUUCACCUUGAUCUCCCUCUCCCUCUCUCCCUCCACUCUCCCUCUCUCUGAUUUAUUUACUCUCCUUAUAUUAUCGUUGUUAUUUCCUUCUCUCCAGGUAUUAUCAGUUCACUAAUUACCUUGAAAGAUUAACCUGUGAAAUUAUGUGCGAGCAGAUUAGAGGAGGAAAUAUUAGAGGAGGUAAUUCUCUCGGCUAUUUGAUGGAGUGCAAGAGAGAGAGAGAGAGAGAGAGACUUGCUUGAAUCUACCUUAUCUUACCUUCAGUCAAAUUUCAUCAAGCGGGAUUCAGUUCUGAUAUGUUUGGUCCUGAUAAUGAAGGUGAUCUGUGAAUUAACUCUGCCCGCCUGCCCGCUUGCCCGCCUGCCUGCCUGCCUGCCUACCUGCCCGCUCGCCUGCCUGCCUGCCUGCCCGCUCGCCUGCCUGCCUGCCCGCCCGCUCGUCAGGCUGAACAUCUGAGAGAGUUGGUAAAGAAAAUGUUCCCAAAGUGUGAGGUUGCCCAGAAAAUGUCUAUGAAAAAGACAAAAGCAUCGACAAGAAGUUCCCUGCUUUGAAUGGAAACCAUCAAAAGAUCUCAUAAGUGACAUGAAAAAUGGCAAAAUUCGUCAGCGAUAUGGGACCAAGUGUAGCAGCAGCCAACAGGCAACUCUGUAUCCUGCUGAUGACACGGAGGUUGCCAGUGGUAGCGAGGAAGGAACACAAGUUUAUGUACAAUAAUAUUCUGCUGUAUGAAAGUGGCAACACUGGUGACAGGUGGCGCUGGGGAGUUACCACGGCGAGCGGCUGGCUGGCUGCAGUGUUUUGGUCAGCACUGGUCAAUCUUGCCCUACACGCUCUAUUAACCAGUGUUUCCGUCUUCCCGACACCUUCCUGCACCAAGCACCGUCAAGCAUCACCAGAGAGGCACGAGUACGUAAGGUGUGUGGGUGGGUGUUGGAUCAGUGACAAGUGGCGCUGGGGAGUUACCACGGCGAGCGGCUGGCUGGCUGCAGUGUUUUGGUCAGCACUGGUCAAUCUUGCCCUACACGCUCUAUUAACCAGUGUUUCCGUCUUCCCGACACCUUCUUCCUGCACCAAGCACCGUCAAGCAUCACCAGAGAGGCACGAGUACGUAAGCUAUCCAACAUCAGAACAGUAUAUGAAUAUGGCAAAUGCUGUUUUGACAUCAUUUCUUGCCAUCCUGAGAAAAAAUGAUCUCGAGGAGCAUGAAUUGCAGCUGCAAUGGAAAUUGCGCAUCCAGCGCAAGUUUCAGAAUUCAAGAAAGAGGCAGGAUUCCUCAGUGACUGAGGUGACGUCAAGGAAAAAGAAGAUCCCUUGCAUAGUGCCAAAAGAGACUACGUGUCCACUGAUGUGUGGAGUAAAGGCUUACCUUCCACCAAGGCCCCAUUCAGAAGAUGAUGAGUCAUUAGAGAGACAUAGACAGUGGCUUGCUCUACAUUGGAUGAAGAAAGAUCCCGAGUUAGGUAAGAUAAUCAAGGAGUUCCUGAGAUUAGAACCACAAGUGGAUGAACCAGACCCAAGAGUAGCAGUUUUGAAAGGGCUGGAGAAAUAUAGCCUCCCAAUAAUUGCCAUUCUCAAAAAUAGAAAAGCAGUUCCUCUGUAUAUGGAAACCUUACUUGAACUCUAUGACCACGAUGAAAAUGCUUGCUUAGUUAUAUUGGGGUUACUUCACCUGCUUGGAGAAAGGAAAGACUCCAUUUUUACUAAGGUACCAGAAGAAGAACUAAGAACAGGGCAGUCUAGUGUGUAUUUGAUGGUGCACCUGUAACUGAACCAACAUGUAUUUCUAUGGCUGUAGUCUCAUUGGUAGCAGGGCUUUGUGUUUAAUAUUGAACACCCAAAAAAUUGUGAACAUUUCCUCCGUUUCACAACAUCCCAUCUCUUAGGUAUCAAGUAUGACAAAGGUAACACUUCAAAAACAAGAUCUCUACUUGUAAAACUCAAUAAAGUAAAGACAGAAUUGAGCUACAAAAAUGCAUAAAUCUGCUUCCAAAUAUAUUCAACUCCACACAUAAUGCCUCUCUCUCUCUCUCUCUCUCUCUCUCUCUCUCUCUCUCUCUCUCUCUCUCUCUCUCUCUCUCUCUCUCUCUCUCUCUCUCUCUCUCUCUCUCUCUCUCUCUCUCUCUCUCUCUCUCUCUCUCUCUGACACACACACACACACACACACACACACACACACACACACACACACACACACACACACACACACACACUAGUCAAUUACUAGUUAAAGAUUAAUCAGUGAAAUAAAUACAUAACAUUAUGUUAAUAAGUUUUCUAAAAGGAAAAGGAAAUACUUGUACUUCCCCUUCCCCCCAA